CACGAGGCCCUGAUAUAAGUACGGGACCAGCAGGAGGACUGGAUAAACUGAACCAGGACCAGCUCCCUUCCUCCUCACAGACACACCAUGCCGUCCGGCUCCGCUCCGCUCUUCUUCCUCGUCCUCCUCUUCCUCGGCCUCCUGGGCUCCGCCUCGGGCUUCGAGCUGCUGCCGGAGGAGGCCGCUCCCCGGCGGGCUCGGUUCUCUGCAAACAGCCCGACUGAUGUGGCCAGAUGUUUGAACGGAGCCGUCGCCGUCGGCUGUGGAUUCUUCUCUUGUCUGGAAAACUCAACCUGCGACACCGACGGGAUGCACGAGAUCUGUGAGCUCUUCCUCCAAUCAGCUGCGACCUUCAACACAGAGGGGAAGACCUUCGUGAAGAAGAGUCUUCACUGCAUCUCUCAAGGAAUCUCCUCCAAGAUUUUUCAAACAAUCCGCCGCUGCAACAUCUUCCAGAGGAUGAUCGCUGAGGUGCAGGAAGAGUGUUACAGCAGUCUGGACAUCUGCACUGUGGCUCGAACCAACCCUGACGCCAUCGGAGAGGUGGUGCAGGUUCCCACUCACUUCCCCAACAGGUACUACAGCACUCUGCUGCAGACGCUGCAGGUCUGCGACGAGCAGACGGUGGCGACGGUGAGGACCGGCCUCGUGGCCCGUUUGGGUCCCGACAUGGAGACCUUCCUCCAGCUGGUCCAGAGCAAACCGUGCGCCGCCGGCUCCGGCUCCGCCGCGUUCAACAACCCGUCCAGCUGGAGGAACAUGCCCGUGUUCAACGUCCAGCCGGGCUUCAGGGGCCGAGACCCCACCCACCUGUUCGCCAGGAAGAGGUCUGUGGACGACGUGGAGGCGGGGGUCCGAGCGGAGCAGUAGGCCACACCUGCAGAUGAAUAAUAUGCAGCUUUAGAUGGUGAUUUGGGGUCAUAACUACUUAUUAUUAUGAUUAUUUAGGGUGAUUUGCUCAGAUAAUUUAUAUUUAUUUUCUUAAACAAGUUAAUUUAUGAGGCGGCUCUAUUUAACGUAGUGGGUGGGGCAGGUCCUGGAGAUGCUCCCACGCUGGCCGGGGGGGCGUCCUCAUGUCUCCUGCUGGUCUGAGAUCACUUUAUGAGUUUGUGUGUUUGAGUUAUUGGAACAUUAAAGUCGACUCGGCUGCUUUGUGUUAGAAAUAAAUGAUGUCAUAUGA